AUGCCUCGCUCCGUACCUCAAUUCAGCUCCACCUCUCGCAGUGAGCAGGACGAUCCGGACCCCGAUCAAAUGCACACUACGCGCACCGCGCCGCCAUCUCCGUCGGCCUACCGCCGAGCACAGAGCUACCUGUCCGAGCCGCACACGGGCUACCAAUCUCUGGAGGAACACCUCGAUAUCGGCGAAACAACUAGCUUGCUUGACCCGGGGCUUGAACGACGAGCUCCCCGACGAUCCUAUACCAGCAUCUCCGGCGUCUCCGGCCCGGAGACGGGGCCGGACUCCCUACGCUACCUCCUGACCGCGGGAAGUCUCCGCCGACUCCGCAAUCACAGCCGGACAAAUUCACAAGGCAGGCGAUUAAGUCGCCGAGGAAGCUCAGGCGACGAAGGACGACCGGCGAGUCUACCGCCGUCGGCUAAGGAUGGCCUGACGGCGUCGUCCUUUCUCGAUGAACGCACGUGGUACGACCAGUUUACCUCGACCGACUGGGUGCACGAUAGCAUUGCCGAUGGAGCACGUCUGCGUCAACUACGUCAGCGAAAAGAUGUCCGGGGCCGGCUGCUGGCCUGGUUUGACGGCGCACAGGGAUGGAUUUUAGUUGCACUGACGGGGUGCAUUACCGCAGCGAUUGCGUACUUUGUGGAUGUCACCGAGGAGCCGGUGUUUGACUUGAAAAUGGGAUUCUGCUCACAUAAGUUGUUUGCCAGCAAGAACAAGUGCUGCGAUGGUGCAGAAAUGUGCACGAAUUGGCGGUCUUGGAGUCAAAUCUUCGGGUCAUCAGACUAUGACAAUCAAUGGGUCAAUUUCUCGAUGUUUGUCUUUUGGGUCGUGGUUCUCACCAUGAUCUCAUGUUUCCUGACACUGCUUACGAAGACGGUGGUCCCAUCGUCCAUCUCCCUGACGACACUUGAUGAGAACCUCGGUGCCGAGUCCCGCGGCACAAAGCGCAAUACAGACACCGCUGGUAUUGGUUCUCCCGCCUCCCAAACCAGUCCACAUGGGACGUUCCCCACUCUUCCUCCACGCCCAGCGAUGGUCUACUAUUCUGCUGCCGGAAGCGGUGUUGCGGAAGUUAAAGUGAUCAACAGUGGAUUUGUGCUGCACGGGUAUCUGGGUCUCAAAACUUUGGUGAUCAAGACGAUUGCCCUGAUCUUCAGCGUGUCGUCCGGGUUGAGUUUGGGUAAAGAAGGCCCUUAUGUGCACAUUGCUACCUGUGUGGGCAAUAUCUCUUGCCGAUUAUUUGCCAAGUACAACCAGAAUGACGGGAAGCGCCGAGAAGUGCUCAGUGCGAGCGCUGCCAGCGGUGUAGCCGUCGCUUUUGGUGCUCCCAUUGGCGGUGUGCUCUUCAGCCUGGAAGAAGUCAGCUACUAUUUUCCGCCCAAAACCUUGUUCCGCACUUUCUUCUGUUGUAUUGUGGCUGCGCUGUCCCUAAAAUUUCUCAAUCCCUACGGCACCGGCAAGAUUGUUCUCUUCCAGGUGCGGUACGGAUCUGACUGGGAAAUUUUCGAGAUCUUUGUCUUCAUUGUCCUCGGUGUUCUUGGCGGUGCCGCUGGCGCUCUCUUCAUCAAAGCUUCAAGCUGGUGGGCACGGAAUUUCCGUCGCAUUCCUGCCAUCAAGAAAUGGCCGAUGCUAGAAGUCUUCCUUGUUGCAUUGUUGACCGGCCUGGUCAGUUUCUGGAAUAGAUAUACCAAGCUACCUGUCACAGAAUUGUUGUUCGAACUUGCCAGCCCCUGUGAGCAGGAUGCAGUGGAAAGCGCGACAGGUUUAUGCCCUAGCGAGGAUGGUAUCCUCGAAGUCGUCCAGUAUCUCCUCGUUGCAUUCGUGCUUAAGAGCCUUUUAACCAUUAUUACCUUCGGAAUCAAAGUUCCGGCCGGUAUCUACGUGCCUUCCAUGGUUGUUGGUGGUCUAAUGGGUCGUAUUGUCGGACAUGCGAUACAGUAUUGGGUGGCUAAGAAUCCCACAUUCUUUUUGUUCAACUCAUGCCCUAAUAUCGCUGGCAUGGAGUCGUGCAUCACACCAGGCGUGUAUGCUAUGGUGGCAGCGGGUGCGACUAUGUGUGGCGUCACACGAUUGUCGGUAACGUUGGCGGUAAUUCUCUUCGAGCUCACAGGAAGUCUCGACCAUGUGUUACCCUUCUCGCUAGCAGUUCUCUGUGCAAAGUGGACCGCUGACGCGAUUGAGCCUCGUAGCAUUUAUGACCUCUUGACCGACAUGAAUUCCUAUCCUUUCCUCGACAACAAACUCCAACCUCUCUCUGACGCCGAAUUGGGAGACAUCGUCCGACCCCCACGCAAAGACCGCAUCAUCGACAUCUCUAACUCGCCCUUUGUUUCUGCAACCGAACUUCGCUCCAAGCUGGAGCACCUGCUGAUGGCGGGCGAGCUAGAUAGCGGACUCCCGAUCCUACGUGAUGGCAUGCUGACGGGUCUCAUUCCGGCGCCGGAUCUCGAGUUUGCGCUGGACACGCUCGGCCAGGACGAAGAGAAUACACUUUGCCUUAUGGCAAUGGAUUCCUCUUUCGCCAUCUACGAUAGUGACAAUGAGGAUGCUCUCCAGGAGGACUUCACCCGUUACAUCGACCCGGCCCCGAUUGCCUUAGACGUGCAUUCGCCUAUCGAUCUAGUGUAUCAAUGCUUCGCGAAGCUAGGCCUGCGGUAUCUGUGCGUCCUACAGAACGGUCAGUAUGCAGGACUGGUGCACAAGAAGGCCUUUGUGAAGUUCAUGAAGGAGAAUGAAUAA